GCCUCAUCAGAUAAGAAGUCUAAUAUACAAGCAGAGAUGUUACAGUGCAGUGCACGAUCGUUCUUUCUGUCUCGUUUUUAAUUCGUGUCAGUUAUCGUGCUUAAAAAAAAAUUUAUAUUGGCGAUAAUGUCAUGCUUAACAUUAUCUCUCAUAAUAUAUGGAUUUCUUAUAACAGUUAAUUGUCGCAAGCAUGACAAGUUUCAGAAUACUUUGGGUCACAUAAAGCCACAUACGUCGUGGGAAAUUCAGGCAAGAGCAGCUAAAGAUGUCGCGGAAAGACUUCUAGGCAAGGAAACGUCAAAUUUGUUUGUUAUGUUGGUAGAUACCGAUUUGGGUCCUAUCGACAAAGAUACCUUCAAGAUAACAAAAAAUCCUCUAGGCGAGAUCGAGAUUCGUGGCACUUCUGGAGUGGCGAUCACGUGGGGUUUGCACUAUUACUUGAAAAACUACUGUAAUGUACACUUGUCGUGGGACGGUAUCUCUGUGAACUUGCCAAACACGUUGCCGGAUGUUCGAGUUAAAAUUACGUCCAACGACAGAUUCAGAUAUUACCAAAAUGUGUGUACUGCGGGAUAUAGUUCAGCUUGGUGGCAAUGGCAGGAAUGGGAGAGAAACAUUGACUGGAUGGCUCUUAAUGGUAUUAAUCUGGCUCUUGCUUUCACCGGGCAAGAAGCGAUCUGGCAAAAACUGUAUCGAGAUUUCAACCUCACCCAGGAGGAAAUUGACGAGCACUUGGGUGGACCUGCUUUUUUACCCUGGGCAAGAAUGGGCAACAUUCGUGGAUUCGGCGGGCCAUUGUCGUCAAAUUGGCAUAAUCGCACCGUGCAUCUGCAACAUCAGAUUCUCCGGAGAAUGAGAGAUCUCGGAAUCGUGCCGGUGCUUCCGGCAUUUGCCGGUCAUGUGCCACGAGCUUUCGCUAGGCUCUUUCCAAAUGUCAAUAUGACCAAAAUCGAACCGUGGAACAGAUUUGAAGAUAAAUAUUGUUGUCCUUAUUUAUUAGAUCCGACGGACCCGCUAUUUCGCACAAUCGGAGAGAAGUUUCUCAGAAUGUACAUCGACGAGUUUGGCACCGAUCAUAUUUACAACUGCGACACUUUUAACGAAAAUGAACCCGAUAGCAGCGAACUUGCCUAUUUGAAAAACGUCGGUCGUUCGAUUUUCGCGGCUAUGAACGCAAUUGAUCCUAAAGCAAUAUGGUUGAUGCAAGGUUGGCUGUUUGUGCACGACUUUACAUUCUGGACGGAACCCAGAGUUAAAUCGUUCUUGACCUCGGUACCUACGGGACGAAUGCUCGUAUUAGAUCUGCAAUCGGAACAAUUCCCGCAAUAUAAUCGGUUGAAAUCGUAUUAUGGUCAGCCAUUUAUCUGGUGUAUGCUGCACAACUUUGGCGGUACUUUAGGAAUGUUUGGAUCCGCACAAAUCAUUAAUCAGCGUACGUUCGAGGCUAGAAACAUGAAUGGCAGUACAAUGGUGGGAACCGGUUUGACACCCGAAGGCAUUAAUCAGAAUUACGUAAUUUACGAACUAAUGAACGAAAUGGCGUACCGUCACGAGCCCGUCGAUCUCGACGCUUGGUUUGAAAAUUACGCUACACGAAGAUACGGUGCAUGGAACGAAUACACAACGGCUGCCUGGCAGUAUCUUGGUAGAACAGUUUAUAAUUUUAUCGGCACGGAAAGAAUAAGAGGACACUACGUUAUUACCAGACGGCCAAGUUUAAAUAUUUCGCCAUCGAUCUGGUACAAGCGCAAAAAUUUCUACUUUAUGUGGAAUGUAUUCUUAAAAGCGAGAUACGGUAGAGAAAACAGUACUCUUUAUAGACACGACGUGGUCGACAUAACUAGACAAGCUCUUCAAAUAAUGGCCGAUGAUAUUUAUGUAAAAAUCAUAGAUAGUUACAAAAAAAGAAACAUCACUGCUUUUCAAUCGCACGUAAACGCUCUGUUGGAACUCUUUGACGAUCUCGAGUCUAUUCUGGCGUCGGGAAAUAAUUUUCUGCUUGGCACUUGGUUAACCCAAGCGAAAAAUAUGGGUGACAAUGAAGAAGAGAAACGGUCUUAUGAAUAUAAUGCGAGAAAUCAAAUUACUUUGUGGGGUCCAAAUGGCGAGAUCAGAGACUACGCGAAUAAACAGUGGUCAGGAGUAGUCGCGGACUACUUCAAACUCAGAUGGGCGUUCUUCCUCAGUGCUCUUGAAAAAUCUCUGCUCGAAAGAACAAAAUUCAACAUCACUGAGAUUAACAAUAGGAUAUUUCGCGAAGUCGAGCGACCUUUCACUUUUUCUACGAGGCUUUAUCCGGUAAAACCGAAAGGUGAUACUAUAGAGAUAGCUAUGAAAAUAAUUUCCAAAUGGUACAAAGAAGAAUUAUAAUCAUAUCAAACAUCUUGAGGCUUGGAAAUAUAAUUCAUUUCUUAAUUCAUAUACGUUUAAAUAAAUAAAAAAUUACAGAUAUAUAUGUCUAUACAUUUUUUUAACGUAUAGAAACAUGUAGAGAGAAAACUUUGACACGUAUAA